AUGAAGGACCUAUUGGAUGAACUGGAUGUCAUAGCCCAUUUGGCUUCAUGUGACUGCGAGGAGUCUAGGCCUUCAGUGGAACUUCUGAAAAACAUUUGUUUAUUACAGUUUCUCAUGGGAUUGAACGAGAGAUAUGGUAACAUUCAAAGUAAUGUCUUGGCAAAAAGGCCUGUAAUUACAGUGAAUGAUGCCUAUGCAAUAGUUACACAAGAAGAAAGUCAAAGAACUCUAGGAGUCACAGAUACAUUGAAAGAUCCUCUUACAAUGCUGGCCGGUAAAGGUUAUGAGUAUAAGCCUAAAAGGAUAGGAUUAAUCUGUGAUCACUGUGGUUACAAAGGCCAACUAAAGGAAAACUGCUACAAGAUAGUGGGAUAUCCACCAGAUUUCAAAAGCAAGAAGAAAGAGCAAAACUCAAGAGGCAAAACUUAUGUGAACAGUGCAACUAGUGAAGAGAAGCAAGUGCCAAUGCUCCCCACACAAGGAAAUUUCUUCACUGAGAAGCAAUACAAACAACUGGUAAAUUUAUUGCAGAAGACUACCACAGAUGAGUGUUCCACUAAUACUGCAGGUAUCUUUACUUUAAUGUCAAAUGCAGGUGUUAGUGAUCAAGUUUGGAUAGUGGAUUCAGGUGUUACUCACCAUGUGACACAUUGUAAGAAUUCCUUAAAUAACCUUAGAAAAGCAUAUCAUAGAGCAGAUGGAGUACAGUUGCCUACAGGCAGUAGAACAGAAAUUAAACAUACAAGAGAUGUAGUAGUUUUAGGGAAUAAAACUAUUGAGGGAGGUCUCUACAAUGACAAGGUGAUGGGGAAUGGUAGAGAAAAUAAUGGGUUGUACCUAAUAACAGAAAAUUUUCCAACAGCAGUAAUCAGUUUCUUGAAGGAACAUGGAGAAACAACACUAUGGCAUCUGAGGCUUGGUCAUGCAUCAACCAAGGCAAUGCAGCAUAUUUCAGAACUGAAGAAUAAGAAACAGACAGGAAGAGAAAACAACUGUGAAGAGCAGAGCUUUCCUUUUGAGAAAGAUGCUGAUUCAGAUUGUACAGAGGAUUUAUUUGCUUCACAACCUCCAGUUGUGGAAGAAACUAAACAUCAACCACAAGCUCCUAUAAUUACAACUCCACCUCAGAACAUACAAGUGCCAGCUAAUGCAAAUGGCACAAUAGAGGUGGAGACUAAUGAUAUGGACUUGGUCACAGACCAUGCAGAAUGUAGUGAUAAUCAUGAAACUUCAGAUAAUCUGGAUUCAGCCACAGUUCAUGCAGAGUCUGAUAUGCACCAUGAGAUCCCAGCAGAUGCUUCAGCAAACGAGAAUCCCUUUCCUAUCAUCUUGGAACCAGAAGUUGAGACAAGCAUAGAAGAAGCAGGAUCAGAAGAUGUACACUCACAUCCACCAUCUAUAGAGGGACAGCCUAGGAAAUCUAAUCGACAAGAAAAGGGAAGACCUCCUGUAUGGCUUAAGGACUACAUCACUAAGGCCAAGACACAUAUAAAUACUGCACACUCUAUAUCUAAUGUCCUCUCAUAUGAUCAUAUAUCUCCUACCUACCAGUCAUUCCUCAAUGUUUUUUCAGUUUUAACUGAGCCACAAUCCUUCAAGGAAGCUGCACAUGAUCCAAGGUGGAUACAAGCCAUGGAUCAAGAAAUUAGGGCACUUGAAGAAAACCAUACCUGGGAAGUGGUUGAUUUACCAGAAGGAAAGAAACCUAUUGGUUCUAAAUGGAUGUUUAGGAUCAAGUAUAAGUCAUAUGGUGAGAUUGAUAAGUUUAAGGCACGAUUGGUAGAUAAAGGAUACACACAACAAGAAGGGUUAGAUAUCAUGAGACUUUUUCACCAAUUGCCAAAAUGGUAA